CAUGCCUCUUGAGCUCCGGUAUUUGUCAAACUAUAGCAUUGGGAAGGCAUGCUAGACCUUGCCUAACUUUAUUGUCUCUGUUUCAGUCAUUGCAAAUAACAUCAUUUGUAAUAAUAACAGAGCUUGCUUACUCCUGUUUUGACAACUCUCACAAGCUUCCACUAGCUACUUACUGUAGUCAACCUGUAGCUUAGUAGUUCUGACCAACCGGCGACUUCUGGGAACCUCUGGCGGGUCCCCUUCCUUCCCGAAUUUAGAACAACAUACUUAAAAGACCCUCCACGCCCCUCUCUAUGCGAGCAUUCGCUGCCGUCAGGCAAGUCUCUGCUACUGCCAAACCGAGAGCAUCAGCACCAUCACGCCUACGAGUCGUCUCGAGACACUUAUUUUCCACAAAUCUACCCAGGAUGGCGCCCAUACAAAAGGAGACGGACUAUCUGGUUAUUGGGGGUGGGAGUGGUGGACUGGCUUCGGCGCGCAUGGCCAGCUCCAAGUUCGGGACCAAGGCCAUGAUCGUUGAGGGUGGAAGAAUUGGAGGCACAUGUGUGAACGUCGGAUGCGUACCGAAAAAGGUCACCUUCAACGCCGCUGCCAUAGCCGAAACCAUACAUCAGGCCAAAUCAUAUGGCUUUUCCGUCCAGGAAACCAAGCCGUUCGACUGGAGGAGCUUCAAGCAAAAGCGUGAUGCCUACAUAACGCGCCUCAAUGGCAUCUACGACCGCAACUUGGCCAACGACAAAGUGGAAUAUCUCCACGGCUGGGCAAAGCUUUUGUCGCGAAAUGAGGUCGAGGUGACACUCGACGACGGCACCAAGGCCGUUGUCAAGGCCAAAAAGAUUUUGAUUGCUGUUGGCGGCACGCCCACAAAACCCAGUUCUUCGAUACCUGGUGCGGAGUUUGGUACCGACAGCGACGGCUUUUUCGACAUCGAGGAUCUCCCAAAGAAGGUGGCUCUGGUCGGGGCUGGCUACAUUGCGGUUGAGUUCGCAGGCAUGUUCAACGCUCUCGGAGUUGAAACCCAUUUGUUUAUCCGCGGAGACACGUUCCUGCGCAACUUUGAUCCCAUGGUGCAGGAGGUGGUGACCAAGGAAUAUGAGCGUCUCGGCGUAAAGCUGCACAAGCAGUCCUCGCAGUCCAAGAUUGAGCGCGAUGAGAGCACAGGAAAGCUCACCGUUCACUACAAGGACAAGGAUGGUGAAGCUGCCAUCUCGGAUGUGGACCAUCUUAUUUGGGCCAUCGGCAGAACCCCCAUGACCAAGGACAUUGGGCUUGACAAGGCAGGCGUCAAGGUCAACGAGAAGGGCUACAUCGAGGUGGACGAGUUCCAGAACACGUCCGUCGAGAAUGUUUACGCCCUCGGGGAUGUUACGGGCCAGGUCGAGCUCACCCCAGUCGCUAUCGCUGCCGGUCGCAGACUGUCUCACCGUCUGUUUGGCGGAGAGCAGUUCAGCACCUACAAGCUCGACUAUUCCAACAUACCGUCGGUCGUCUUCGCGCACCCGGAGGUGGGCUCAAUCGGACUGACCGAGCCCGAGGCGGUCGAGAAGUAUGGCAAGGAAAACCUCAAAAUAUACAAGACAAGCUUUACUGCCAUGUACUACGCCAUGAUGGAGCCCGACGAGAAGGGUCCGACAGCAUACAAGCUGAUCUGCGCCGGGCCUGAGGAGAAGAUCGUGGGAUUACACAUUGUCGGCUUGGGCAGCGGAGAGAUGUUGCAGGGCUUUGGUGUCGCCGUCAAGAUGGGCGCGACCAAAAAAGACUUUGAUAGCUGUGUGGCCAUACACCCAACGAGUGCCGAGGAGCUAGUCACUCUCAAGUAAGUGAUAGACUGAUAUUUACUUGGUCACGAGCCUCUCGCGACAGGCGGCAGAUAGAGUAUAUAUUUACAGUUUUGAAAUGAUCUGCCGGCUGUGCAUAAUAAUUCCUUAAUCUCAACAUAGCAAAGAAGCAGGUUCAAGCUCGUACUCUCACUGGGACUGCCUCUGAAGUGAGGCGGAGUCAACCUACAUUCUGAAGAGAAGGAUAAACAAAAGCAAGAAAUAAAAGAAGAAACGAAAAAAAAAAAGUUUACAGGAUCCUUGUAAACUUGGAAUGGGCAACCCAAGUUAUUACAUAUUACUGGUGGUACUGACCCUACCGGUCCAAGUCCAAACCUUGGACCGAUCAGAAGUUGGAGGGUGUCAGAGAUGGCCUAGUCUUUGUUUACUCAAUCGGGUAUAAUGCUCUUUCGGGGUUUGAGACCCCUUAGAUAUACGCGAGGAUCGAGCACGUUGGCGAGUAUUUCGAUAUAUGAACCUUGAGGGGGUGGGGUGGGGGGUUUCUGUCUUUUGUCUUUUUCUUUUUCUACAUCGUAUUUUAGAUUCUUUGUGGAUUCUCCAUACUUUCUCGACUUUUGAAGAUUUCAGUUCAAGAUGGGAUGCGGAAUCAAUAUAUACACAUACGUAUGGAGUUGAACUGACUUGUGAUGGUAU